AUGAAGCUCGCUUGCAUCGCCCUCUUCGCCAUCGGCGCCAUCGCCGCCCCUGUCGUCGAGCGUCAGGCUCCUGGCGGAGCCCCUCCAUUCCCCGUCCCUAGCGGAGGUUUCCCUGGUGGAUUCCCCGCUCCCACUGGCGGAUUCCCAGGCGGCCCAGGCGGCCCCGGCGGCUUCCCUGCCCCCACUGGCGGUUUCCCAGGCGGAUUCCCAGGCGGCCCAGGUGGCCCCGGUGGCUUCCCUGCUCCCACCGGUGGACUCCCAGGCGGCCCAGGCGGCCCAGGUGGCCCCGGUGGCUUCCCCAGCUUCCCCGCCCCAACCCCACCGGCCGGAAACUAG